UGAAUGCGGCUCACUGAUAUCUGUCAGUGUGACCGUCUGCCGACCGGCUUACUCACGCCUUGAUCCCAGCGUCUCCUGCCACGGUCACCCAGACUCAAAAAUGAAGAUUUGGACCUCGGAACACAUAUUCAACCAUCCAUGGGAGACGGUGACCAAUGCUGCUAUGCAGAAGUACCCCAACCCCAUGAACCCCAGUGUGAUCGGAGUGGAUGUGCUCGACAGAAGCAUCGACAAGCAGGGACGCCUCCAUAGUAAAAGACUGCUGAGCACAGAAUGGGGUCUUCCAUCUAUAGUGAAAUCUCUCAUUGGAAACACGCGGACGUACACGUAUGUGCAGGAGCAUUCGGUUGUGGAUCCCAAAGAGAAGAUGUUGGAACUUCAAUCUUCAAAUAUCACUUUCACAAACAUGGUGUCCGUGGAUGAAAAGCUGACUUACAAACCACACCCUGAAGAUCCAGAGAAAACAAUACUGACACAAGAAGCUAUCAUCUCCGUGAAAGGGGUCAGUCUUAGCAGUUACCUAGAAGGAGUCAUGGCCAGCACCAUCUCUACUAAUGCUGGAAAGGGGCGUGAAGCCAUGGAGUGGGUGAUCCGGCGAUUGAAUGCAGAGAUCGAGGAGCUGGCAGCCACAGCGGUUGGAAGCAUACGCACCCCGAUGGCUGCCGCAGUCACUGACAAAUGACACCUACCUCGUCCGUCCAUCGGGUUCUGAGAGAACCUGCACACCAAUGCAACCAGCCUCCUUUUACGAUACUCUGGUGCUGUUUCGGUGCUCUGGGUUUUCUUUUUUUAUUUAAGGGUAUUCUCGCACACUUUACUAUCUACAUUAGAUAUGUUUUGAGCGGUGGUCUGGGGCACAUAGAGGUUCUGAUGAAUGUUUUUUUUUUUUUUUUAAGGAGGUGAAUAGUGUGCGGCACACUCAGGGACAAGUUAAAACCCCACUGUCACUUCUGUGUCUGGAGGCUUGCCGCGCUGACACUAAGGGAUCCGAGGCACUUAAUGAACCAGAAACGCCAGAAAAGUGCCAAAGUAAACUGCCUUUUGCCCAGCCUCAGAUCCAGCUUUGUUCAUUUGUUUUGCUAAAAAACCUCAGAAUGCCAGUCAGCCUCCUCUCGCAUGAACUCUAUGUAGAGUGACAGUGAGUCUAAAGGCAAACAGUUUGUGGUAAUGAACAUAGAUUACUGUGAAAGCUUACAUUGAGAUAUGGUGAGGAGAAAAGACCUCAUUAUGAAGGGCAUCUAACGUAAUGCAUGUCGAGAACACAUGCAAGUUAGUUGACAUAAAUGGAUUGGUUAAGGGUUCCAAAAGACGUGUCACACUCAUGCUUUAAUAUGUCUCGUGUCACAUUUCCCUGUGGGACCUUGGUAAUAUGAAGACUCAGUACCAGGCAACAUACGGAAGCCUGAUUCUAAACUGUAUCGUUAUGUAAAUUGUUGAGAUAUUUAAGUUAAACGAAGGGAUCAAUGUUCUCGCCAUAUUUAUGUUUUCUUAGGUAAAGCAGGACCUUCUCAAAUACUGCCUUUCUUUAGCAUCUGUUGACCUUGUGUGCAGACCUCGAGCGGUUUUAUCAGAGCACACGAUACUGGAGUGCUUUUGCAGUGCAAAGACCUUCACUAUGACUAACACAUUUUAAUUCAGAAAAGCUGCUAUAUGUACUUUUGAACCUAAAGCUUGUAGGACUUCUUGACAGAUUACACUGUAUUUGAGAGGGUCAUGCAUAAACGGGAUGCACUAGUUUCUGUAUGUAUAUCUAUGUGUAUUUUAAACUUCUGAUAGAGAUAUUUAUUAGGGUACACUGUUUGUUUCUAAGGAGUGAAUUCCAUGUUGUUGUUGUUGUUUUCUUUUUUUGAAUGAUAUCGAACAAUAGAAUAUGUGGUAUCAGAAGCUAUUUAAAAGUUGUGGAAGAACCUCCUCUGACCGAAUGCAGAAUGUGGAAAUAAAGUAAGAAUCUUUUAACCUCUUAAGCUGAAGCUCUCCAUCAGUACUUCUCUGGAAAAUUAGAAAUACUGCA